CAGAUUUUAGGUUAGGUUAGAUGUAAUACCGUAAGCUUUCAAAUUACAUUUUAAUUCAAAGUUUACAACAACAGCUAUUCAUUAGUUUUAAUUAAUAUUUUAUUUUUGUAUGAUUUCUUUGAUUAAAGAAGGUGGCUUCUAGUGUGUGUUGUGAGCCAAUAGUUUAUUAGUGGAAACUGUUUAUGAUCUCCAUUUUACAAUUUAUUCUUCUGGGCCCCUAUUCAAUUUUAGGAAUUAAUGUUGUUACCCUUAAACGUGUUUUAAACCUUACACUCUGGAUUUAAAUUCACAUCCUAUAAAAAUGAGUGAAGAUACUGAGAUAAAAAGACCUCAGUUUGGUGCCAGACAGUUGAAAGAUGGAGAAUCUGCUUUGAAACAUAAUUGUUGGGACAACGUUGAAUGGGAACCAGAACUCUUGGAGGCUGCUCAAGAAAAAAUUAAAAAGCAGUCAGAGAAGAGAAUCCCUGAUGAGGCCAAAGAACACUUGCAGAGGGAUACAGGAAACCGCUGGGAUAAAUUUUAUGGUUAUCAUCAAAACAGAUUUUUCAAGGAUCGACAUUGGCUUUUCACAGAAUUUCCUGAGCUUGCUGGGACCCCAAAGCCAGAAACUCCUGAAAGAGUUUUUCCUGCAAACUCAGGAAAGUUGUCAGAAGAAUCCAGCGUAAGUAAAGACUCAGAAGUAGAAUGUCAACCGGAGUCAUCGGCAAAGGAAAGUGAAAAUGUGACUAAAGAUUCAGAAAGCGAGCAUGUUCCAAACUAUGUGAAAUGUGAGAAUGACAAUAAAUCCAAAGUUGAAGAACAAUCUGUAGAAACUGGUGUUGAGUCACUAACUUUACAAAACAAAAAGGAGGAAGUUACUGAUAAAACUGAAAAAUCACAGAGGUUAAUUCUUGAAAUUGGAUGUGGAGUAGGAAAUACCAUUUUCCCAAUUUUGGAGUACAAUAUCGACCCAAAUAUUUUUAUUUAUGGCUGUGAUUUCUCCACAAAUGCAAUUGACAUUUUGAAGAGUAAUCCAGAAUAUGACUCCAAAAGAUGUCAUGCUUUCGUUUGCGACAUAACUGCAGAUGACUGGAAGGCGCCUUUCCCCAAAAACAGUUUGGACACGAGCACUUUGAUAUUUGUGCUUUCAGCGAUUCAUCCACAAAAGAUGUCGCACGUAAUUCGGCAGCUUUACGAUCACAUGCGGCCAGGAGGUCUAGUGUUGUUCAGAGAUUACGGACGUUACGACAUGGCUCAACUCAGGUUCAAACCCGGCCAGAUGAUGGAGGACAACUUUUACGUGAGGAGUGACGGAACGUUCGUCUACUUCUUCACUCAAGAGGAAGUGACGAAGUUGUUUACCGAAGCUGGUUUCCAAGAGGAGAUGAUCUACACAGACCGGAGGAUGCAAGUCAACAGGUUACGGCAACUCAAGAUGUACAGAGUCUGGGUCCAGGCCAAGUAUAGAAAACCUCUGGAGAGUUGAUAGUAAAUCACGAUUACAAAA